GUAAACUUUACAGACUCUCAGUUGAACUCGCGUAGCUUCUGCUCGACGCUGUACGCGCCAGGCGGCUUAGACUUGCUUGCUUGUGCUGCCCGUGACCUUCAUCUUCGCUCGAUCAAUCGUCGCCGGCACGCUCUUCCCUUCAGAUCCACUCUCGUCGCUUUCACGGACGGUUGGCAACAACACUGAGAGAUCGGUGCAGACUACGAAGCAGCCAUGCCAUCCCGCUCGCGAACACGCAGCUCCUCGCGACACCGUCCAGACUCGAGAGACAGCCGCGACAGGUCUUCGCUCUCACGUUCGCGAUCACGAUCGCGAAGGUCGCCGAGCCGCUCACCGAGAGGCUAUGGCGGACGCAAUAGCAGGAACUUGUCCCGCAGCCGCAGCAGACGCUCACGCAGCUUCUCAAGACCUAGAGGCUACUCCAGAAGCCCAAGCAGGCGCAGGACGAGGAGCAUUAGCCGCAGUCCCACUCCACCGCGCAGUGCAAAGAUUAUCGUGGAAAAACUCACCAAGAAUGUCACUGUGGCUCACCUUCGCGAAAUAUUCGAGCCGUUCGGAGAGAUUCUUGACAUCGACAUGCCUCUCAAUCCAGUCUUCAACGUAAACCGUGGUACAGCUUACAUCUUGUUCGCGACGCCCGCUGCCGCCGAGGCCGCCAUGGCUCACUUCCACGAAGGGCAAAUCGACUCGUCCACGAUCAACGUGAGCAUCGCUCUUCCUCCGCGUCGCUUCUCACGCUCACCGCCUCGCGCGACUGAUGACCUGGACCCUCCGAUGCGCGAUCGUGAAGCGCGCCCCCCGCGCAGACGCUGGGGCAAUGGUCCACCGCCAGGUCCCCGUAACAGCUAUCGCCAACGCUCUUACAGCCCCCCGCCGCGGCGAGGCCCGCCUCCACGGUCACCUCCCCCGCCCCGCGGUGUCUAUGGCAGGGGAUACAGUGGACGAGGCCCCCCAAGAGGAGGAGACACAUAUUACCCAAACGGAGGAGGCCGAGGUCGAAGCCGUGACAGGAGCUACUCGCCACCGCCGAUGAGACGCACAAGGAGCCCUUACAGCAGUUCGAGAUCGCCGCCGCCUCGACGACGGGACAGUUAUGGUAGCUACGGUAACUAUGGGGGCUAUGGUUCUAGUGGUCGCCGUCGUCGGAGUCCAUCGUACGGGAACUACGGUUCCCGUAGCCGAUCUCCCAGGAGGCGAUGAAGGUGAGACAGGUAUGUGAUUGAUUUAAAGAUUCCCUCAACGUGUUGCACCAUGCAGAACAACCCGAAUCCAAGCAGCGCCGAGCCGCGCCUAGCAGAGCGGAGCGGAGCAGCCAAUCAAGCUGUGAACCAAUUCAGCGACGAAUUAUGUCACCAUUGGCGGUGACGUUUAUAGCCAAACUUGUAUGAAUAUGAGUAGCCCAAAACGAUCCCAAGGGCCAGAGCGGUAUCCUCAUACUUAUGUAUUACGACAAUAAUAUCACGGGGAUCACAAUAGCAUGUGAAAAGUAUCAGGCAAAAAACACGUUGAGGCCAUUGGCCCAUACCCAGCAAGACGUAAACAUAAUAGUGGAGCGGAAGAACGAUAUGUGAAGCGGCGGAAUACGCCAUACUUUCUCAAAUCAAGCUCGACCCAAAAAGGAAAGCUGCGUGCUCCAGCCAUAUCCCGACAGUUUUCCCAAACGUUAAAUGAUUGCGUUCAUCUCUGCAGGUUCAGUCUAUUAACACUCGCAAGCCUCUAAGCUACAUUCGCAAAGUAAAAGAGUGCGUGGUAUAAUUAGCGAAUGAAGUACAGCCAGCAUCCAAAGGUUUUGUAAAACGCUCGCCCGUGCCUGCUCCUUACAAAGGGAGAAUGAGUGAGUAAGAAGGUAAUAAGAGAAAAGGUGGUGCCCGACGAUCUUUGCAACCGAAGUUUGACCCACC